AUGGUCUUCGUCAAGGUCGUCAAAACCUCCUCCUAUUUCAAACGCUAUCAAGUCAAGUACCGACGUCGACGUGAGGGAAAGACUGACUACCAAGCCCGCCGCCGUCUCGUUAAUCAAGACAACAAUAAAUACAACUCGCCAAAAUACCGUUUCGUUGUUCGCAGAACGAACCAAAGAAUUAUCUGCCAAAUCAUCUAUGCGACCAUCCAGGGAGAUCGCGUUCUGUGCCAAGCAGAUUCUCAGGAACUUCCCAGAUACGGGGUUCCUGUCGGUCUGACGAACUAUGCAGCCUCCUACUGCACGGGUCUUCUGUGCGCUCGUCGUCUCUUGAAGACGUUGGAUAUGGAUAAGGCAUACGAAGGUGUCCAGGCGCAAGGAGAGGAAUACCACGUUGAAGAGGACCCUAACGAGGACCGCCGCCCUUUUAAAGCUCUUUUGGAUGUUGGUCUUGUUCGAACCACAACCGGUAACCGAGUGUUUGGUGCGUUGAAGGGAGCUUGUGACGGAGGACUCCACAUUCCUCACAGUAACAAAAGAUUCCCAGGUUACAGCAAAGAAGGAAAAGAAGGAUCCUACGACGCUGAAGCUCAUCGUACUAGAAUCUUCGGUCUCCAUGUUGCUGAAUACAUGAAAACCCUUCAAGAGGAAAGCCCGGAAAAGUACGAAUCGCACUUCAGCAGAUUCAUCAAAAAGGGGGUUGCCGCUGACGGUAUUGAAGAAAUGUACAAGAAGGCGCAUGCUGCGAUUCGCUCGAAUCCAGAUCGCGUGAAGAAGCCGAAGAAGGACAUCAAGAAUCGUCGUGAAGGAAACUACAUUGUCACCUCGAAGACGAAAUAUCUUCGUCCUAAGAGAUUGACAAAUGAACAGCGAAAGGAGCGUGUUCAACGCAAGCUCCAGAUGGCGUUUUCGGAAUCGAAAUGA